AUGGCUCUAGAUCCCAUCAAGCACAACCAUAAAAAAGCCCAAGAUAUCCUGGUUGCCCAUGCCGGUGCAUGGACGCAAGAGGCCAACUCGUCUCCUUCGAAAAGUGUGAUUCCUAAGAUCGAGGAAAGGAUCGAGGCAUCUAAGAAAACCUCUGGCAAGAAGGAGUGA